AUGAGCCAAGAACUGUUACAGAAGGGUGAUCCGUUUAGUUUUUACGCAUUUCAAGCACUUUAUACUAAACUUAACAACAAGGCUUCCCCCUUGACGUUUGACAACAUCAAAAAAGUGCUAUAUCCUGAUGUUUCCAUACCAAAGAAGAAAGAGGAGGAGGACGUGUGUCUGUUUGUUACAUGGAAUAAGCUGAACCGAGCUGGAAAACUUGACUUGCGUGGCUGCAUUGGUACUUUUCAUAAAUUACCUAUACUGGAGGGGAUUGAGAAAUAUUCUCUUAUAGCUGCUCUCCAGGACACCCGUUUCUCACCAAUUUCUGCAGGCGAAUUACCCAAGCUGACUUGUAGCUGCAAUAUAUUGUCCGAAUUUGAAGUUAUCUACAAGAAUGGCUCGGGAGACAUCUAUGAUUGGAACAUUGGGGAGCACGGGAUCAGGCUAGUUUGCGACGAUUUGAGGGGAGGAGGGUUACGCAGUGCGACAUUUUUGCCUGAAGUCAUGGUGCAGCAGCAAUGGGAUAAGAAGACGGCAUUUGUGAACCUAAUUGAGAAGGCAGGGUGCAUGAAUGCGCUGGAGAUGAUAGAAGAUCCUGAAGUGUACAUUUACGAGGUGAGUGUAUACACAAGCAACAAAAGCCAGAUAGGAUACGAAGGGUUUAAAGAGCUGCUGGAUAAAGUGAAACCUAUAAAUUAA